CCUCUGGGCGCCGCCAUGUUGAAGGCGCGGGGCGGGAGCCAUGGCUGCGAGCGCCCCAUGCACAGCCAGAGCGGGGCCAGCUCCGCCGGGCAGAUGCUGGAAGUGCGGCCAGGGCUAUAUCUGGGUGGAGCUGCGGCCGUCGCGGAGCCGGGCCACCUGAGGGAGGCGGGCAUCACGGCCGUGCUGACGGUGGACUCGGAGGAGCCCGACUUCAAGGCGGAGGCUGGGGUCGAGGGUCUACGGAGCUUCUUCGUGCCAGCGCUGGACAAACCCGAGACCGACCUGCUCAGCCAUCUGGACCGGUGCGUGGCCUUCAUCGGCCAGGCCCGCGCCGAGGGCCGCGCGGUGUUGGUGCGCUGUCAUGCAGGAGUCAGUCGAAGUGUGGCUGUAGUGACUGCUUUCAUGAUGAAGACUGACCAACUUACCUUUGAAAAAGCCUAUGAAAACCUCCAGACUAUCAAACCAGAGGCUAAGAUGAAUGAGGGGUUUGAGUGGCAACUGAAAUUAUACCAGGCCAUGGAAUAUGAAGUAGAUACCUCCAGCGCAAUUUACAAGCAAUAUCGUUUACAAAAGGUUACCGAGAAGUAUCCAGAAUUGCAGAACUUACCUCAAGAACUCUUUGCUGUUGACCCAACCACCAUUUCACAAGGAUUGAAAGAUGAGGUUCUCUACAAAUGUAGAAAGUGCAGGCGAUCUUUGUUUCGAAGUUCUAGCAUUUUGGAUCAUAACGAAGGAAGUGGUCCUAUAGCCUUUGCCCACAAGAGAAUGACACCAUCUUUCAUGCUUACCACAGGGAGUCAGGCUCAAUGUAUGUCUUAUUUCAUUGAACCUGUACAGUGGAUGGAAUCUGCUUUGUUGGGAGUGAUGGAUGGACAGCUUCUUUGCCCCAAAUGCAAUGCCAAAUUGGGUUCUUUCAAUUGGUAUGGUGAACAGUGCUCAUGUGGUAGAUGGAUAACACCUGCUUUUCAAAUACAUAAGAACAGAGUGGAUGAAAUGAAAACGCUGCCGGUUUUGGGAUCACAAACAAGAAAAAUAUGAACUUGUGACAUUUGAUAGCUUGAAAAGAAACUUGCUGAUGAUAUGUGCUACCCUUGCUUAUUGUCAUUCCUAGCAGAUUGUCCAGUUUUUAAGCCAUCAACAUUUCAUUUGAAAUGUGAGAGAUAAAACCACUUGAUGUGACUUGGAAACUAUGCUUUGUUAGCUUCCUCCACUAUUUAAGUAGAAUACUUUGUAUGGAAAUCAAAACUUUUUAAUCAUGUAAAUUAUACUUUAUUUGAUAUUAAAAUAUUCUAUAGCCCAGA